GUAUUCGCCCAAUCACAUUAUUCUCUUUAUUCCCGCUCGCAUAACAUAGCUAGGAUAGCUUGGUGAGCUGAUUGAAAGGCAGCAAUCAGAGUUAGAAAAAAGAAAAUGGAUAGAUUUUUGAAACAGACGAGUAACAACACUCCCAAACCAAGCAAAGUAAGAAAAUAUGACGAGACUUGUAUAGAAUUUGGCUUCACUGAAAGCAGCGGAGGAAAGCCAAUGUGUGUGAACUGUCUCCAGGUGCUAGCUAAUGAGGCUAUGAAGCCAGCCAAGCUAAAGCGGCAUCUGUUAACAAAACAUCCGGAAUACAUCAACAAACCAAAAGAGUUCUUUCACAGAAAAGGUGAGGAAUAUUUCUCUCAGCGAACAAGACUAACCAAGCUGGCAACUACAUCAGAGAGGGCGCAGAAAGCUUCUUAUUUGGUAGCCCAGCGUAUAGCUAAGUGUAAGAAGGCUCAUACCAUAGCAGAAGAGCUGAUCCUUCCAUCAGCAGUGGAUAUGUGCGAGGUUAUGAUCGGAACAGAGGCAGCUAACAAAUUGAAAACGGUACCACUCUCCAACGACACCGUAAGGCGAAGGAUUGAUGAUCUCUCUGAUGACAUCUUGUCACAACUUCUAGGUAGACUUCGCUGCAGUGGUCAAUAUUCUAUUCAGCUGGAUGAGUCUACUGACAUAGCUAGUGCAGCUCAGCUCAUCGCUCUUGUCCGCUAUCCAUGGGGAGAAACAAUUUUAGAGGACUUUUUGUUCUGCAAAGCGGUCCCAGGUAGGGCAACAGGAGAGGAGAUAUUCAGGCUCCUGGAUGAAUUUGUUAAUGAAGCUGGGCUGAGCUGGGGUAAAUGUGUCGCCGUGUGCACAGAUGGAGCGGCAGCGAUGACUGGCCGAAAGAGUGGUGUUGUCGCUCGCAUAAAGGCUGUCGACCCAAAUGUCAAGUCUGUGCACUGUAUGCUUCAUCGGCAAGCGCUCGCCUCCAAAGCCAUUGAACCUGACUUGCACUUGGUGCUGAAUAAAGCUGUGGCUGCAGUUAAUUUUGUUAAGUCAAGGGCACUGCAGACACGUUUGUUUGGGCAACUUUGUCGGGAGAUGGAUGCAGGCCACGACACACUGCUUUAUCAUUCCGAAGUGAGGUGGCUCUCUCGCGGAAAGGUACUUCAGCGGGUGUUUGAGUUACGUGCCGAAAUGUCAGUUUAUGCAAACGGAAAAGCCCGAUAUCGCAGAGUUUUUUUUCUCUGA